UCCCCAGUAUCGGGCGAAGCUUCAACGUCUCGAACGCCGGCGACUUUAGCCGGCUCGUGGCAGGCUAUAGCCUGACGGUCGGGACUUUAAUCCUCGUAUCAGGGCGGCUAGGCGACAUCUACGGCUACGAGCGUAUGCUGUGCAUAGGGUACGCGUGGUUCGCGGUCUAGACCAUGAUCUCCGGCCUCAGCAUCUUACUUAGGCUUGGCUUCGCCGGUACGGUCAAGAUGCGAGUCGAUCAUGGUGGGUACACGAAGAGUGACGACUUGCUCAGAGGCUACAGGGGAGCGGUAUACCUAGGUAUUGGACUGGCAGGACUAGGCCUUGCCAUCAGCCUCGUUUUUGCUAUCAAGCAAGCGUGGAACAACACGGAGAAGGAAGAGAAGAUCGGCAAGCUUGCAGCUGCUAGAUAAGUGAUAUUGG